AUGAAAUUCACCGCUACCCUCCUCUGGACUGCUUCCCUCGCUGCGACUGCCUUUGCGCAGACCGCGAUGUCCAUUAUCUCGCCCGUCGCAGGUGCGAGCGUCGCUCGCGGCUCGAGUGUCGUCGUCCGCGUUACUGGGACCACCCCGACUACUGGCUCUAUCCAGAACGCGGCCGUCGUCGCAUUCACCGCCUGCCGUCUCGGCUGCAUCUCCCCGCUCAACAACAUCGGCACCGUCCUCUACGAUAGCACCUACAACCCCGUUUUCCAUCUCACCGGCCCUGGCCCGGCCCGCACGGUCUAUCAGGACAUUACGGUCACUAUCCCCUCCGGCGCGGUGACCGGCACUGGGCAGAUCAGCAUUGUCCACCCCACUUAUAGCUCUGAUGGUACCCAGUUGACUUACGAGGUCUCUUCUAUUACCGUUACGGUCACUUGA